AUGGAUCGCAAGCGCAAGGUCGACAUCACGGGGCUGGGGUCGACCAGCACCCCGGCGGAGGAUGCUGCCAAGAAGCGAAAUAUGGGUAUCAACCCCUUCACUGGAGCGCCGUACUCGCGCAAGUACUACGAUAUCCUGGAGAAGAGAAAGAAGCUGCCGGUGCACCAGUUCUUGGAUGACCUGAUGGACAAGGUUAAGAACAACCAGACCGUGGUGGUGGAGGGAGAGACCGGUUCGGGGAAGACUACCCAGAUCCCGCAGUUCCUCGUGGAGGCGGGCUAUGGCGCCAUUGGGGAAGGCUGCGUGGCGUGUACGCAGCCGCGGCGAGUGGCGGCGAUGAGCAUCGCCAACCGUGUGUCGGACGAGAUGGACGUGAACCUGGGGGAUAUCGUGGGGUACUCGAUUCGUUUCGAGAUCAAGAACGGUCCUCGGACCAUUCUCAAUUUCAUGACGGACGGUAUGCUCCUUCGCGAGGCGAUGAACGACCCUUUCCUGGCCAAGUACAAGUGCAUCGUGCUUGACGAGGCCCACGAGAGGACGCUGGCCACGGACGUGCUCAUGGGACUCAUCAAGGAGGUGCUCAAGAACCGCCCCGACAUGCGGGUGGUGGUGAUGAGCGCGACACUCGACGCCGAAAAGUUCCAGAAGUACUUCGACAACGCUCCCUUGCUCAAGGUGCCCGGCCGUACCUUCCCCGUGGAGAUCUUCUACACCCCAACCCCGGAGAGGGACUACGUCGAGGCUGCCGUAAGAACGGUCGUGCAGAUACACAAGUGCGAGGAUCCUGGAGACGUGCUUCUGUUCUUGACCGGUGAGGUGGAGAUUGAGGAUGCUUGCCGCGCCAUCAGGGCGGAGGUGGAGAAAUCGCAGGACCCUACCAAGGAAGGGGAGCUGGCGGUAUACCCGCUGUACUCGUCGUUGCCGCCGGCGGCGCAGCAGAAGAUAUUCCGAGAGGCGCCGGGUCCCAAGUUUCCGGGGGGCCCCGUGGGGAGAAAGGUGGUGGUGUCGACCAACGUGGCCGAGACGUCGCUGACCAUCGACGGCAUCGUCUACGUGGUGGACCCUGGGUUUUCCAAGCAGAAGGUGUACAACCCCCGCAUCCGCGUGGAGUCUCUGCUGGUCAGCCCCAUCUCGAGGGCCAGCGCGCAGCAGCGUAGCGGUCGUGCGGGUCGUACCCGUCCCGGGAAGUGCUUCCGGCUCUACACGGAACAGUCGUUCAAGGAGGAGCUGCUGGAGCAGACGUACCCGGAGAUCCUCCGGUCUAAGAUGAGCAACACGGUGCUGACCUUGCUCAAGCUCGGGGUGGAAGACUUGGUUCACUUUGACUUCAUGGACCCCCCGGCCCCCGAGACGCUGAUGCGAGCACUGGAACUCCUCAACUAUCUGGGUGCUCUCGACGAUGAGGGCUCGCUGACGGACCUCGGCAACAAGAUGAGCGAGCUCCCGCUUGACCCUCAGCUGGCUAAGGUGCUGCUGGCAUCUCCGGACUACGGGUGCUCGAACGAGGUCCUGUCGAUCGUGGCGAUGCUCUCCGUGCCACAGGUGUUCAUGAGGCCGAAGGAGGCACAGAAAGCGGCGGACGAGGCUAAGGCGGAGUUCGCGCACAUCGACGGGGACCACCUGACUCUCCUCAACGCCUACCACGCCUACAAGCAGAACGGGGGGUCCAAAGACUGGUGCUUUUCCAACUUCAUCAACUCUAGGUCGAUGGUGUCAGCGGAGAACGUCCGGGAGCAGCUUGGCAGGUUGAUGGGAAGGCUAGAGCUGCGCAUGGUGUCGACCGAGUUCACAGCUCGAGACUACUACACCAACAUCAAGAAGGCGCUAACGGCUGGGAUGUUUAUGCAGGUGGCGCACUUGGAGAGAUCGGGACACUACCUGACUGUGAAGGACAACCAGGUCGUGUCCAUCCACCCUUCUUCUGUGCUGGACAACAAGCCGGUGUGGUGCAUGUUCGAGGAGUUCGUGCUCACGUCAAAGAACUACAUUCGCACGGUCACGGGGGUCCAGGCGGAUUGGCUCGUAGAAAUCGCGCCGCACUAUUUCGACCUCGAGAAUUUCCCGGAGUGUGAGGCCAAGCACGACCUAGAGGCCGUCUACCGGCGGAAGGAUAAGAGCCAGCAGCGGCCCAAGUAGGUUGCUGCUGUUAA